AUGGAUAUAUCUGGUCUACUACAGAAAUAUGGCGGACGUCUACCGAAACCACUACGUGACAUGAUAUAUCCUGCAAUAUUCGGACUGGCGCUUUCACCCGCUGGUGGUGCCCUGGUCAUCACGACCAACGUUGCGGAGCGCUUACGCGGCCCCCACGCCUUGCGUCCACCACCAGCUUCGCUCACUACCGAAGACCUUAAUGCUGUAUCGUACGAAUCAAUAGAUAUGCUCAAUGCUAUAUCGCGUGAAGCAACCCAUAGAGGCUAUGCUGUGAUUGGAGGGUCUGGCUAUGUCGGGACCUAUAUCGUGAAGCUACUUCUGAGGAGGGGCGAGACGAGCGUCCGUAUACUCGACGUCGCUACACCCUCCCGCCAACUACUCGACAAUCCCGCUGUGACCUUCAUCCCGUGCGAUAUCACAUCCCGUCAGUCCGUUGAAGAGGGUUUGACCACGCCGUUUGCGUCUACUGGUGCACCACCAGCUGUCAUCUUCCAUUGCGCGGCUUCAAUCCGCUUUUGGGAGCGCGCAGGAUAUACCUGGCCAGCGUCGCACAGAGUCAACGUUCAGGGCACCGAGAACGUGUUGGCUGCGGCGCGUCAAUUGCCAAACGAGACCCUGCUCAUCUACACGUCCAGCAGUGAUGUCAUCUUGCCGCGCCCGCGCUUCCUGCAUAUCGCAGGGGAACUUGACUCAAAGCCCUACGACUCCGUUGUCUUCAGCGACAACGAUCCCCCGCUACCCGAAUACGCGGAAAGCGCGACUUCAUAUGUGCGCUCGAAAGUCAUCGGAGAGCGCCUUGUACUGGAAGCGAACGGUGACUCGCUAAGAACGCUCUCCCUUCGCCCAGGACAGACGGUUGUGGGCCCUGCAGACAGGUUCCUGACGAGCACGCUCACGAUGCCAACCGUACCAGUAUGGGAUGCUGAAUGGGCACACACGAAUGUAUGCGUGUGGGACGUCGCCGCCGCACACUUGUGUGCCGAGAAAGCCUUGGUCGAGCGCGGGGGCGAGGUUGGCGGAGAGGCGUUUUUGAUUACAGGGUCUGGCCCUGCGUGGAAGAUGCAGGACACGAGGAACGCGCUGCAGCACUACUCAAAGAAGACCUUGGUCUUCAAGUUUAUCCCGCCGUUACUCAUAUGGGUGCUAGCGCACUUUGUUGAGGCAUUCCUCUUCCUACGAUACUACUUCCUACUCCCAGUCUUCGCCCUCUUCGGCUCUCGGCCGAGCAUCACACCGAAAUGGGCUGGGGAACUUAUUUAUCUACAACCUUCCACGCUAGAGUACAUGCGGGACGUGGUGAUUGAUGAUUCUCGGGCGAGGGACAGGCUCGGAUAUUGCCCUCAAUGGACGACGGAGCAAGCUAUCAGGUACACGGUCGAUCAAGUGGAAUCCGGCGCUGUGGGUGGCACUCAUGGGCUGCAGCUCAAGGAGCUCUAG